AUGGGCUCAACAUCAACAAACAUGGACGACCUAAAGGAAGCCCUCCAGUCCAUCUCCCAAACCCAAACCGCCCUCCUCACCGCCGUCCAAUCCAUCGCCGACCGAGUCAACACCCUCGAGAAGAAAGACACUUCCUCUUCUUCCCCGCCCUCCGCCCAAGCCCUCGACCGGUCCGCAACCCCCUUAAGAACAGGCUUCACCCAAACCCCAACCAGCGAACUCCCCGCCGAAGCAGGCACCCAAACCCCCACCGCCACCGCCCCUACCUCCCCGGUGGCCACCGCCUCGAAGCAAUUCACCUCGCGUGUAAUCCUCACAACCUACCCCCACCAAAUCGGCAUCUCCCCCCUCCCCCUCAACUGGGGCGCUCCCGACCCCCUGUCCCGAGGCCCAGUAACAGUCUCCCGCUCCCCCUCCACCAUCGGCCGCCGAAACGCAAUCGGCGCCCACGGAGGCUCCUACUCCAUCUACUACGCGCUCGCCCUCGCCUCGGGCGAGCUCCCCCACAACCACAAGCCCGAUUACACCAACACCGAACCCGCCGUGUCCAUCGGACCGUUCCCCCAGUGGGGCGACAAGAAGAAGAUUGUGGCUAUGGAUCCGUGGGGGCAUUUAGUGCCCUGGACGCACAAGGGAUUGAUGGAAAGGGAAGGUGUUGACCUGCGGCCUACGAUUGCGGUUACAAAGGCGCAUAUGACGCUUCCGGAGCUGGAGGAGAGCGUAAGGAGUGGGAGGUUGAGGCCGGAUGGCAAGGUUUGUUUGAAUGGACGGGGGGAGUUGGCUGUGACCAAGUUUGCGGUGGAGCCGGUUUGGUACUUGCCGGGGGUUGCGGAGAGGUUUGGGAUUGAGGAGGGGGUGUUGAGGAGGAGUUUGUUUGAGGAGACGGGGGGGAUGUAUCCUGAGUUGAUCACUAGGUCGGAUAUCAAGGUGUUUUUGCCGCCUAUUGGUGGCUUGACGGUGUAUGUCUUUGGCGACCCGGCGAAUAUGUCUGACCCGUCCAAGAGGUUGGCUUUGCGGAUCCAUGACGAGUGCAAUGGCAGCGACGUCUUCGGCUCCGACAUUUGCACCUGCAGGCCCUACCUGAUCUUUGGCAUCGAGGAAGCCGUCAAGGAGGCACAGAAUGGUGGCAGUGGUGUGGUGAUUUACUUUCGCAAGGAGGGCAGAGCGCUGGGUGAGGUUACAAAGGUAUUGGUGUACAACGCGCGCAAACGCGGGGAGGAUCGGGCAUCAGAUUACUUCAAGAGGACGGAGAACAUUGCUGGUGUGAAGGACAUGCGGUUCCAGGCGUUGAUGCCGGAUAUUCUGCACUGGCUUGGGAUCACCAAGAUUGACAGGAUGCUCAGCAUGAGCAACAUGAAACACGAUGCGAUUGUUGGUCAAGGUAUACCUAUUCAUGAACGGGUUGAGCUUCCUGAAGAGUUGAUCCCGGCCGAUUCGAGGGUUGAGAUUGAUGCGAAGAUUACUGCUGGGUAUUUCACGACAGGUCACCGAAUGACUGAUGACGAGCUAAAGGCUGUUCAAGGCCGGAUAUGGGAAGAGUAA